AUGUCGCACCAGACCCCCCGUUUAGACCCCGCGCAAAUCGCGUCCACCAACCACAGUGUGUUUCGGCUAAUAGCCAAGGUGGUGGCGCAGCCCAAGCAGGAGGAAAUUACGAUCCAGUCGCCCACAACAAACAGGGAGAUGGUGACGCUGGGAUCGGUGCGCGUCUCGCAGCUGACUAAGUUCAAGGUCGAGCAGUGGUACGAAUUUGUGUGCCGUGCGAGCGACUCCGGCGACGCCGGGGUUUUCGUGCUCGACUCCGUGGAGCUGCCGCUGCCGAGCGGGGAAGAGCUCAGUGUGGAUGGCGUGGUGGCACUGCAGCAGCUGUGCUCCAAGUUUCCAGAAAUGUACUGA